AUGCAGGUCUCCUGUGAGCUUGAGCUUCCCGGAAACUGUCGCCGGGCGUAUGAGCCUUUGGAUGUCCUGACGGAGCUGCCUUUCCUGCUGGCCUUUGCUCUGGGCCAGGCGUUCUUGUGCGACAUUCUGGACUCAGAAAGGUUCCAUAGCCUUUCCAAGCAGUGGUACCUUCCUGUGGUCGUAGUUGGGAGCGGAAUCACCACCUCCGCCCUGAUGAAGAACGACGGUUUCGUGGACACCCACGAGUCCGAAGACGGCAUGACCACCGCGGUCAACGUAGUCUCCACGCUUCUCGUAAUCGCCGUCGGCUUGGCGUUCGUCUACCAUUUCUUCGUCGCCUGGAAGACUCUUCCGGGGGCAGUUAUGAUCUCCGGGGGAGUAGCCGCUCCCGAGGAUGCAACCGCUCCAGUACGGUCCGGAAACCGAUUCGCCCAGUACAUGGCCACCGCGGUCCUCGUAGCGGCGUUCGUCGCACUCUACGCAGCGUUCGCCCACCGAAGGGGGGACAAUUGGAACUACCACUACAUCCUCCUGGCGUGGGUUAUGUCGCUUAUCGCUAGCUUCGACGACCCUUUCAGCGUGGUGUGGCUAGGGGUAACCACCGGUGCGUUCCUUCAAGGCGUGGGCGCGUACUCCUUCCAGUUCUUGUUCCGUUCUGACUAG